AACUGUAGAGCUGAGCUGGGGAGUGAGAGACCAGAGUGAGGCUGAGAGAAGAAGAGAAAGCAAAAGCAAAAGCAAUAGAAAAAUGUCAAGCAACACGAAAGCAGGAGGAGAUGGACAGGUAGUGUGCGUUACAGGAGGCAGCGGCUUCAUCGGCUCCUGGCUCGUCCGCCUCCUCCUCGACCGCGGCUACACCGUUCACGCCACCGUCAAGGAUCUCAAGGAUGAGAAAGAAACGAAGCAUCUAGAAGCCCUAGAAGGAGCAGAAUCGCGUCUCCGCCUCUUUCAGAUCGAUCUCCUCGAUUACGACUCCAUCGUCGCCGCCGUCACUGGCUCCUCCGGCGUCUUCCAUCUCGCUUCCCCUUGCAUCAUCGAUCAAGUUAAAGAUCCCGAGAGGGAGCUAUUGGAACCGGCAAUUAAGGGGACACUCAACGUGCUCACGGCGGCCAAGGAAUUGGGGGUUCGGCGGGUGGUGGUGACCUCGUCUAUAUCGGCUAUCACCCCGAGCCCUAACUGGCCGGCCGACAAGGCCAAGAACGAGGAUUGCUGGACUGAUGUUGAAUAUUGCAAGCAGAAUGGAUUAUGGUAUCCACUUUCUAAAACACUAGCUGAGAAAGCAGCUUGGGAAUUUGCUAAGGAAAAAGGUUUGGAUGUGUAGAGGUCCGGCGGGCGG